AUGUGGGCCACGCAGUUAUCUUGGUCACUUGUUUUCUUAUCGGCCUCGUUGUGGAUGCAGGCCAUUAAUGCUCUUCCCAGUGCAUGGACAGGAUCCAAUUCUUCCUGGCCCAAAUCGCAACCGAGCAUCACCCGCGAUAUUGCCAUCAUCGGCGGUGGCUCUGCAGGAACGUAUGCCGCAAUUCGCCUGCGUCAGAUGAACUACAGUGUCGUCGUCAUCGAGAAGGAAGAUCAUUUGGGGGGACACGUCAACACUUACACCGAACCGACGACAGGAAUUGCCGCCGACUACGGAGUGUUAUACUUCGAGGAUGACCCCUGGGUCCGCGACUACUUUGCCUAUUUCCGCGUCCCGGUGGUCAAGGUCUCCGUCCUGGGGCAGGGUGUGAUGCGCCGGGUCGAUCUCCGAACCGGGGCCUCCGUGCCCCUCUCGGAUGGAACCACGCUCCCCGCGUUGGCGGCAUACGCGGCGCAGUUGAUGAAAUAUCCCUAUCUCAACACCGGGUUCAACCUUCCCGACCCCGUCCCAGAAGAACUCCUUCUCCCCUUCGGCGAGUUCAUCAGGAAAUACAACCUGGACGGGGCGGUGGACAUCAUUGCGCUGUUCAAUCAAGGUGUCGGGGAUCUGCUGCAGCAACUGACCCUCUACAUGAUGAAAUACUUCAGCCUGGGUGUGAUUCGGGAUGCGGUUGGAGGUUUCCUCCAGCCCGCCAGCCACAAUAAUAGUGAGCUCUAUGGUGCAGCACAGCGAGAGCUGGGGAAUGAUGUACUACUCAGUAGCACCGUCACAGCCACGCACCGUGAAGAGGAGGAGGGAGACGGGGAGGAGAACUGGGUCUACCUGCAGACGCGCACACCCGCCGGGGAGCAGACGAUCCAGGCCAAGAAGCUGAUCGUCGCCAUACAGCCCAAGCUGGAGAAUCUGGACGCCGUAGACCUCGACCCGACCGAAAGGAACCUCUUCGGCCAGUUCAACAACACCUGCUACUACACCUCCGUUGCUCAUGUGCCGGGACUCCCCGUCGGCAUGCUGGUUCUGAAUCGUGCCACGAAUACCCCAUACCAUAUCCCGCCGCAGCCCGCAGUCUAUACAAUGAGACCCACACAGUCCCCUAACCUGACCUCUAUUCUCUACGGCAGCGUAGAUCAUAUGAGUGAGGCAGAUGUCAAAGAGCACAUGACGCAGAGCGUGCUGCAACUGAGGCAUGCGGGUAUCCCGGUCCAGGCACCGGAGUUUGUCGCUUAUUCCGACCACUCCCCAUUCUUGUUGACCGUCUCAGCGGACGCGAUUCGCGGGGGCUUCUACCGGGACCUGAAUGCUCUGCAGGGCCAUCGCAAUACGUACUAUAUGUCUGCAUCGUUCAACACGCAUGAUUCAGCGCAGGUCUGGCGUUUCAUUGACGAGACGUUGAGGACCCAUUUCUCACAGUCGGAAGAAUGCACAAGAUCUUGA